CACAAAGUUGUGUUUUUCUGCUUGUUUCUCAGGUUUUAAUGAUGGAUGAGGAGGUUUAUGAAAAUCUUCCUCCACCUUUAAAGGGUGGUAAAACAGACAGACCCCCUCGAUUUUGUCUCCUGCUGCUGUUUCUGGGGAUACUGUGUGGUCUUCUGGUGGUGAGCAUCAUCAUCAUCAUCAUCAUCCGCAUUGGUGUGAUCAUGUCCAAUCAGGAUGCAAACCUCAGUGAGAUGAUGCUGAAGAUGAGGAUCUUAGAGAACCAGACUGAGCAGGUCAAGACAGACAGAGAUGAUCUCAAGUGGACACAGGAAGUUAUCCUGAAAUUCAGCAACUUUCCAGUUAAUGACUUCUGCCCCGACAAAAAGUGUCAGCCGUGUCGGAAAGGCUGGAUUCAGUACCAGGAAAAGUGCUACCUGUUUUAUGAAGACAGUCCUUGGAAGACAUGGAAUGACAGCCGACAGUACUGUAAAGAUAAAGCUGCAGAUCUGGUUGUUAUUGAUAACCUGCAGGAACAGGAAUUCGUCAGUCAAAAUACUAAGUUCUACUUUGACAUACAUCACGGAUACUGGAUGGGGCUGCAGAAAACUGACAACAAGUGGGUCUGGAUUGAUGGACAUGAGGACACACUUGGGUACUGGAGAAAUUUAUACACUGAGCUUUAUGGACUGAUGAUACCUGGAACCAAUACCACACAGAGCUGGGACUCAGGAAAGAAUAAAUUUCUGAACAAAUUCAUCUGUGAGGAUGACAAAGUCCUGAUAAGGUCCAAUUAGAUAACAGUGUGUUUGUAUUCUUCCUCUUCAUGUUACCUUACAACAUAACUUUCUGAAUCAUCAGUUCUGGACAAUAAAACCUUUGCAACAAAUAUGUAUCGAUGCUGUUUAGAAAACACAGUUUUAUUUGAAAGACAGAGAUGUUGUCCGUACAGCGUGUCCUGGGUCUUCCCUGAGGCCUCCUUCCGGUGGGAUGUGCCUGUAACACC